AAAAGACGCAAUAAAUUGUUGACAGCUAUGCAUUUAAAAAAACGAUAUAAGUAUUAUUGUAAAAAACAUGAUACUACAUAUUUGGUACAAAGCGCACGAGAACGAGUAAAAAGUGCCUCAAAAGAAAAUCGUAACAAAUUUAUUCAAAGCUUUCGAACACUUAACGUAUCUACAAAUUCAGAUGUUUCUAUAAAUGAAAAUAGUGUUCGCAUUGCAAACAAUGAUCGCAAUUCAAGCAAACGUAAAGAUAUUUUAACGAAUAAUCAGCUCGAAUUCAGUGCUAAUGCUGAUGUUGUUCUUAAAGGAAAUCCGCUUGUAACACAAAAAUCGCUGCCGACACUAACAGAUUCGCAGACAAAUUUAAUCAGAAAUAGUGCAGUAUUUGACGAAAACAAAGACGAGGAUAGUGACUUUGGCGAUGAUUACGAAGAAGCUUCUUUUAGAAAUCGAAAAAUUAUAAAAUGUCUGAUUGUGAAAAAGAAUUCUGAAUCAAAUAUUAUUUUCAGCAAGGAUGAAGAUUUUAGCGAAAGCGACUUUGAUGAUGAAACAAGUGAUUGUGAUUGCGAUUGCUAUUAUCAUGAAAAUUUUAAAAAUAACUUUCACAAUUAUGAAUACGAAUCGUCAUCGGAUGACGAUAUGAAAUCGUUAUCCGAUACUUUGCUCAACGAAUCAAGCUUUCGUGAAAAUAAAAAAUCUAAAUUAACGCUAUAAGGUACGAAAUUAGAAAAGACAUCCGAUUAAAUGUUGCAGAAUUUUAUUCAUACGCUUAUA